GUAAGGCGGGGAUGCGGGACGACGAGAAGCAGGUUGCGCUGGAGGUUGAGGUGGGGCAGCUGAGGAUCCGAAAUAUGGAUCUAAAGCUGAAGCUAGACCGCCUCUCCGCUGCGCUGAAGGACUCCCGCGAGAGAGAGGCGCAAGCCGUGAUCGCCCUUGAGAAGGAGAAGGAGGAGGUGGCGAGGGAGGUUGAGGCGGGGCAGUGGCGGAUAAAGCAGAUGGACCUGCAGGUGACCAUAAAGAAGCUGCGGGAGGAGCUUAAAACGAGGACGGAGGAGCAUGCGGCAGAGGUUGCUCAGCUGAAGGCUCAGGUGCAGCAGAAUAGCCUAGAGGGAGGAGGAGCGGGAAGCAAGAAAUGGAGGAGAGCAGAGUAGCAGGAGGACUGGGGAGUGAUCUGGCCAGUCCCACUGGUAGCGACGUGUCUACUGCUUCUGCUGGUGCCUCGGACCCUGCCGCCGCCGCUGCUGCUGCUGCUGCCUCUGCUCUCCCUCCUACCCCCUCUGCUUCGGGUUCCGCGCCAGGAACACCCGGAGCACGGGCAUUGACUCGCGUGCUCUCAGGCU